AUGUUCAUGUCGGAAGACCUUGAUCCAGAGGACUUGAAAAAAGAAGCUAAUACCAAAUGGGCAAAUGGCGAAAUCGAAGACGCUAAUGCAAUAUGGCGGCAGGCAUUGAAGGAAUGUAUUAAAUACUCAAUGAGAGGUUACCCAACGAAGAAGAACCGUGAUAUGCAGCUGAGCCUUCGCCUUAACUUGUCUUUGUACCACUACAAGAAGAAGGAGUACUCAGACUGCAUCAACCAGUGUAAUAUAAUUGUAGAAAACUUAAUAAACCUAGAGGACAUACUAAGUUACUAUGAGAACGAGAGCAGCUGUCAGGAGUGCAACGAGGAAGAGCAAACCGAGGGGAAAACAAAAGGCGUUGCAAUGGAUGAGGAAACUAGCAGGGCAACGGAUGAGUGCUGUAGUAGGUAUAUUAUUAAGAAAGAUACCCUCAUAAAAAUAUUUCUUAGAAGAGCAAGCGCUUUUUUGCAUGUACAAGAUUACGAUAAGUGCAGGGAAAACAUUACACUGAUUAGAAGAGUAGACAAACAAAAUGAAGAAGCCAUAAACUUAGAAAAGAAAAUGUGCAUAGACUUGUCCAUAUAUGAACAAAAGCAGAGGGAGCUUUACAGAAAAAUGUGUAGCAUGGGUUUACCUCCUGGAAAGGACAAUGUGAAAGGAAGUAUUCAAAAGGAGCAUAAAAUGUAA